UUCCAGGUUACUGGAUUCAGUGUUUUAAGGACACAGCCAAAAUGCACACGGGGAAAAUGGUGCAGAGCACGGUUAAAUACAAAGUACUUGCAAGCGAUGUGCAAGAUGAAAUCGACAACGUUUGCACUGACGAUGAGGACGAUGAAAUUACGAUAGAUUUCCACUCGCCCUUCAUCGGUCAGCAAAGAAGGACAAGGAAAAGAGACACCUGUGUCAGGGUCACAGUGGCUGUGAUUCUUCUGGGAAUUGUUUUCGGAUUUAUGAUCUAUGAGUGGAAUGGCUAUUGGCCUGGAGUUGAGGAGCGUCAGGACCUGUCAAAUCAUCAAGAGGCUAACAAGACACACAAGAUUUCUGAGGAUGAAGAUCACGACCACCACCAACAUCAUCAAGAUGAUGGUGACCACAAUGACCAUGACCACAACCACAAAGACGGACAUGAUCAUGAUGAUCAUGCUCUUGAUCAUCAUGAUCACAAUCAUGAUAGUCACACUCAUGAGCACAGUCAAUCACUGUACCACAAUGCUGCUAUCAUCACAGACUCAGCAAACUGCUCCAGUAUUGGUAAGGAGCUUCUUCAGGAGAGAGGGAAUGUGGUCGAUGCAGGGAUUGCUGCUUUACUCUGCCUAGGAGUUGUUCAUCCACACACCGCUGGAUUAGGUGGAGUGUUUUCUGCAAUUUUGUACAAUCACACUACAAGAUCAUUUAAAGCGAUACGUGACACCUCUCAGCAGCUGUCUACAUAUGGUGCUCCCUCAUUAUUGCAGGGCCUUCAACUGCUGCAUUCCAACUACGGACAUUUAGAAUGGAGUCGACUUUUUGAGGGUGCCACGAAAGUCGCUAAAGAGGGUUUCCUUAUCGAUGGAAUCCUCUCCAGGGCUUUAGAAACCCACAAGGACAAAAUACUCCAGUCAGGACUGUGUGAUCUGUUCUGCGAUGCGGCUGGCCAUGUGAAAUCAGAGGGUGAGCAUGUCACCAACAGGAAUCUAUCAGACCUUUUGCGGAGCGUCAGCCUAAACAGCUCCCAUUUCCCAGAAAAUCUGGCCGUAAAAUUGGCUCAAGACAUUUCUGAAGCAGAGAGGCCAGCUUUCCUUGCUGCCGCUCAGGCCGGCAGCGGAGAAAUCAAUGAUCCCCUUAUCGUGGCAGAGGAGAAAUACAGCAUUCUUUCACCCCCCUACCAGCUCACAGGUGGAAUGGUGUCCAAUAUAUUAGAUAGAGUCCGAGAGCAAAACCUCACUUUUCCGAGUCACGGAGAUAUCGGUAAUGCCUUUGCCUCUUAUAAUGCCCUCCUAAAUUUGGCGAAUGAAUUCUUCAACACAAGUCAGAGAGAGAUAUUCACAUUAAAUACCACAAGCAGUCAUGUAGGAGUGCUCGAUAGUCAUGGCAAUUUCAUAGUAAUCUCCACCUCGCUCAACAGCACAUGGGGAUCUGGGCAAUACUUACCAAGUAGCGGAGUGAUUCUCAAUGACUUUACCUCAGACAUCACUCAGGAGCCUUAUUUUAGUUUUCCUCUAGUGCUAAAUAUAACUGAAGAUGGUGCGGAUGAUCCUGUGGAGAAGCAGUUUGUGGCUGUGACCGGAGGGCUUUCUGCCCUGCUUCAUUCUGUGGUUAUGCUGAGAAACCUGGCUGACGUUGGACUGUCUGCUUAUGAGACUGCGAGCAGCCCUAUGCUCCAUAUAGAGCAGGGGGGUUCUGGGUCUCUGUCUGGCUGUAUUUCUGGUGUCACAAACAGCUCUGUUGUCUUCCGGUUGCUUUCAGAGGGAGACGGGCCCGUACGGGAGGUGGGUGAAUGUUCAGAUUGCUUUCUGUCCAUGCUGCUGCAACUGAGAGCAGAACAUGUAAGAGCCUAUGGAGUCCCUGCUACUGAGGUCCAUGCUGAUGGAUACUAAUGCAAAAAAAACAAAACAAAAACAUCUGGACAGUUGUGACAUAUCAUGUAAAAUUAUACUGUAUGCACUUUAAGAGCAUUGCACUCAUACCCCACAUGACUUACGUUAUUUUCAGCCUCACAAUACUGGGAAUGACAUGUAUGUGAAUGUAAUUUUUGUUUGUGCUAAAAAAUGUUUACUGGUGAUUUAAAAGACAGCCUUUUUUGAUAGUUUUUUUUAAGUAAUACUUCACCUGUUUUUCCACAAGCAAGCUAUAUCCUAAAUAUUCUCUCCUUUUCAACUAGCAACUUGUUAUCAAAUGCCUUUCUGAGAUGUCUUCAUAUUAUUUGCUUGUUUAAUCUUGUAAAUCAUAGCCUACAGACCCUAACAGGUUAAUCGAUUUGAUGAACCUGACGAGUGAAGGACUGCCGCUUUAUAAAAUUGUUUUGAAAAGAUCAGUUACCAACAAACACCUACAAAUAUUUUUAUGUAGUUUUAUACCUUUUUUGUGCUUGACUAGUAUGUGUAUGUGAAGGUUAUUUGAUGUAAGAAUUAUGUGAGUAGAUGAAUAUAUGUGAGAUAUUUAUGA